CAUCCGGGACAUCUGGUCUGAAAAGCCUGAGGGGCGUAGCAGGGCACGGGUCUGAGAACGUGUUGUCUUUGUCAGUACCCGGUACAUCCAACAGGAACAUCGGAUCCACCUUUACAGCGCACGGACUAGAACUUGAAGAAGAACGAUGCUUCGAUCGUCUCUGUCUGCCUAUCUCUUGCGGAUCCGUCCGCGAUCCGCCAGACGGUUGAAGAGCACGCUGACGUCCGUCUCCGAGAAGAGAGACGAGGACUUUGAGCCGACCGUCUACCCGACCAUGCGGAAUCACAACCGGCUUCGUCUCUACACACGGAGCUUGAUCCCGUCAGUGCUGAACACGUACCUGCCCGAGGCGGCCAAACACCUGGACCCGACCCCGUACGUCGCCGCCGCCACGGUCCUGCCGAUGCGCACCAACAACUACGUGGUGCAGGAGCUGAUCGACUGGUCCAACGUGCCCGAGGACCCCAUCUUCCAACUGACCUUCCCGCAGCCUGACAUGCUGAUGCCUGAGGCACUGGAGCGAAUCAGCAAGUUGCUGCAGAACAAAGCUCCACGCACGGUGCUCCAGCGGGAAGCGGAGCGGAUUCGGAAAGAGAUGAACCCGCACCCCGCCCAGCAGAAGACGCUGAACGUUCCCCGGGUUGACGGUCUCCCUCUCCCGGGCUUGCAGCACAAGUACCGGGAAACCGUCCUGUUCUUCCCGGCAGAGGGGCAGUUCUGUCACGCCUACUGUACGUACUGCUUCCGCUGGGCACAGUUCACGUCUGUCGGCAGUCCCCAACAGUUCCAGUCUGAUGACUCCAAACUGCUUCAAAUCUACUUGCGGCGGAACCGGCACGUGAGCGACCUGUUGCUGACGGGAGGGGACCCGAUGGUGAUGUCGGCCGCGCGGCUUGGCGGGUACAUCCUGCCCCUGCUGAAGGACCCGUGUCUGGACCACCUCUCCACCGUCCGCAUCGGCACCAAGUCCCUGGCCUACUGGCCCUACCGCUACGUCACCGACACAGACUCGGACGAUCUGCUGCGAAUAUUCGAGGAGGUGGUGAAGUCAGGUCGACAGUUGGCCAUCAUGGCCCACUUCACCCACCCGCGGGAGCUGUCCACGCCGACCGUGCAGGAAGCCAUCCGGCGGCUGCGGAUGACGGGCGCCGUGAUCCGGGCACAGGCGCCGCUCGUCAACCACGUCAACGCCGACCCCGCCACCUGGGCCCGCCUGGUCCGCACAGAGACCCGGCUGGGCGUCAUCCCGUACUACAUGUUCGUGGAGAGAGACACGGGCGCGAGGCACUACUUUGAGGUGCCCCUAGCGAGAGCAGUGGAGAUCUACAACCAGGCGUUCUCGUCGGUAUCGGGACUGGGCCGUACCCUGCGCGGACCGUCCAUGUCGGCCACACCGGGGAAAGUGCACGUUCUCGGCGUGUCCGAAAUCGCCGGCGAGAAGGUCUUCGUGCUGAAGAUGUUACAAGCCAGAAACCCGGAGUGGACGCACCAGAUCUUCCACGCUCAGUACGACGAGAAGGCGACCUGGUUAGACCAGCUCAAACCGGCCUUCGGGCAGGACAAGUUCUUCUUCGAGGAAGAGUUGAAGAACCUCGAGAGAGAGGAGAACUCCUCCGGAAACUUGUACCCUUACUCUCCGGAGAUGGAGUACAGAUGUGAGGACAUCUUCUCUCCGAAAGACUAACUCAGUGAACGACAACCCGACGUUACUAACUCAGGCAUCUUUGUACCAAAAUUCCCAAGUGCAAUUCUGCAUGGUGCAACCCAGACGGUUUUACUACUGGUGGUUGUGUCGGCAUCAGUGUUCCAACAAGAAGGAUCGCCGGUUGUGCCAUAACGGUGCAGUUUCACCGUUUUGUUAGCCUGUUCUAACCCAGCUACUUGUAGAGCAAUAGUAGAGGCAAUAGGUUCUGCCAGUAGCUGGUUUGGAAAAGGUUAUAAUGUAUGGAAAUAAAUUCGCACAGAGUGACCCAGCUGAUGUGUGUUAUGGACCAGUGUAAUACUCAGUAACAGAAGGUGGUGGGACCUUUUCAAGACAAGAGGUUAUAUGUGCAAGUCACCUCCGUAAACGUGCAGCAUAAUCACUGUAUUCAGACUAACGUAAAGCGAAAACAACCUGCAUUCUUCGGUUGUGACGUAGCCACAUCACUCUACCAAACGU